AUGGUUGAAACAAGUGACAAAGCGUUACAAGACAAAGUUAAAAAUCUUCACAGACAACGUGGGAUGUUUAAAAAAUCAAUUACAGACUUUACAAAAAGAAUGGAUAGAAUCAAACUUAAUCAAGAUCGAUUUGAUCCAGACGAGUUUGAAGUAGUGCUCAAAACACUUCGAGAACGUUUUUAUGUUUUCGAGGAUAUACAAGAUCAAUUAGAAGAAAUUGAUGAAGAAACAGAAGCUCCAGAGAAGCUUACAAUUCAAAACUCGUAUUUUUCAGCUGUUGCUGAAGCAACAAAAUUGUUACGCAAUACUAGCAUUGCAAAUAAUACAAGUUCGACAAAUACAAAUAAUAACAUUAACACAAUGUUUCCAGUUCCACAAAUACAUAUUCCAAAGUUUGAUGGUACACAAGAUAAGUUUGACGCAUUUUUUAGUUUAUAUCACUUGACAAAUGUUCUUACAGGCAAGGCCUUAGAACUUAUAAAACAUUUAGAAAUUAAUGAUAAUAAUUAUGAUGCAGCAUUGUUAAUAUUAAAAAACAAAUAUGAAGAUAAACGUCUUUUGACUCACAGACAUUGGUCAAUAAUACGAGAUUAUCCAAAGUUGAAAAAAGAUACACCUGCAGCUCUUGGUGAGUUAGUAGAUACAUUUAGACAACGUAUUAAAGCAUUAGAAAAUUUACAAGUUAAACAUAAUGCAUGGGACAUAGCACUAGUUGAUUUUAUGUUAUUAAAAUUAAAUCAAGAUACAAUUUUUGCAUGGGAAAUGACUCAUAAUUCUCAUGAAAUACCAAAAUAUUCCGACUUGUUAGAAUUUUUGGAACAACGAGCAAGAUGUGCUAAUUUUGCUUUGAAAGAAGAAACAAAUACAAAUGAAAAUAAAAAGGGUGAAAAACCCCAAGUUAAAAAAGGUGGAAUAUCAUUGACAACAACUACUACACGUGUCUGUCCAAUAUGUUCCGAGACACACUCUGUAUAUAGUUGUGAGAUAUUCAAAAAGUUUACACAAGAAGAAAGAUAUAAGGCUGCAAUCAAGGCCUCAUUAUGCUUGAAUUGCCUGAAAAAAGGGCACGGGGUCAAAGAUUGCAAGUCAACAGGGUGUCGUACCUGCGACAAAAAACACCAUACAUUUUUGCAUCGGCCAACGACCAUUGAGUCUGACCAGGCCAACACAACAUCUGUUCCAGUAGCAGAUGUAAACAAACAAAUAUGACUACAGCAUAGUAGUAUACAUCCAGGACGACCUAUAGCAUUUGUAGUCAACUCAACAACAAGUGUAUUAGUCGUCUCAGCACUCAUCAAUGUAUUCAAUAUUGACGGAGAAAAAAUACAAUGUCGAUGUCUUCUUGAUACGUGCUCAACUGCAAAUUUUAUGACUGAAAGUAUGGCAAGUAAACUUAAAUUAAAUAAAAAGAAAUGUUCAAUCUCAAUUGGUGCAUUGAACACAGCUUCAACAAUUUCUAAACAUGUUGUAAGUACCACAAUUCAAUCUUGUCACACAAAAUAUGAAAGAACAUUAAGUUUUCUGACAGUUCCAAGAAUUUCGGAAAAUAUACCUGAUCAAAUAAUUAAUAA